UUUUGUUCUCUUAUUACUCUACUCCUCUUGUUUCUUAGGCCCUCUCUCUCUCUCUCUCAUUUCUUUUCUGUAACCAGUAACAAACAGCUUUCCUCUGCAGUCUGCUCUGCUCCAUUUCUGGUGAAAACAGAACAUGCUUCCUUUGAGUUUUCCUAGAAUCACUUACAUUCUCAGACCUUCAAUAAAGCUGCAGUGAUCUCUUGUCUUGUCCCCUCUAUCCUUUCUUUGAACACUGACUUCCCGAGUCUGAAUAAUAUUUGUUGUCUACGUUCAACCUCAAAUCCUCUUCUCAUAGCCACCAUCUUUGAAUCUUUUUUCCACCCUUUUUUCUCACAUCUUAUAACUUAUGUUCUCUUUCUUUAAUCUAGCAUCCACUAUUUGCUCCUAAAAUCACUCUCUCUUUGAUUCCGCUGUCUUUUAUAUGCUAGUAAGAAUCUUCCCAGACCGUGAUCACCAGUAUGUGCUCGGAAACAAGCCCUCGAAUAUCUUUCUCUAAUGAUCUUGUCCAAGAAAAUGACAGAGAAACUAAGCAAGUGUCAAGAAGGGACACCACAUUACUGGACUCAAAUUCUGAUUUUGAGUUCAGUAUUUGCAGUAAUUUAGGCCAUGAAUCUUGUCCGGCAGAUGAUCUUUUCGCAGAUGGCAUGAUCCUGCCUGUUCAAAUUCAAGAAAGAACUACUGCCUCUAAGGAAAUUUACAGACAUGAAUCGCCACGAAGAGCUUCACUUCCUCCUCUUCCAUGUCCUCCUCCAAAUGAGAAUUUAACUAAAGAUAGCAUGAGAGAGUUAAUGGUUGUGAAUUCUGAUCAGUUUGAGGAAAAGCCUCAGUCCAAGUCUUUCUGGCGGUUCAAGCGAAGCACUAGUCUCAAUUAUGAUAUCAAGAGAAGCAUAUGCUCAUUAACACUUUUGUCACGAAGCAACUCAACAGGUUCUGUGUCAAAUUCAAAGAGAACAACAUUGAAGGACACGCACAAGAGCAAUUCACAAAAGCAACAAUCAACUGCCAUGGAAAAGUCUGCACCACCACCACCAUCAUCUUCUUCUUCUUCUUCUUCUUCGGUGUCUAGCUUAGUGUAUUCAUUACCACAAAAGCCUCCAUUGAAAAAGAGUGGAUAUUAUGGUAAGAUUAGUCCAGUCUUGAAUAUUCCACCUCCUUACAUUUACAAAGGAGCUGCAAAUCUCUUUGGUCUGGGAUCCUUUUUGCGAAAUGGAAAGGAAAAAAGGAUCAGAAAGUGAUCAUUUUGAUCCUUUAACCAAUGAAAUGAUCAUAUUUUCAAAAUUAUAAUUUUGUGGGUUCUUGUGGUUUUUGCUGAUCCAAGUCAUGUAAUAUUUUCUUGGAAGCUAGCAUGGAGGAAUUAUAGAGGUUAGGAAUUACGAGAGCUAAUUAAGUGAAUUGUAUAUAAUAAUGCCAAUAAGGGAUUAGGAGGGUUGGAAGGAGGAUGUUCAAUGAUCAUGCAUAUCAUGUCACAAGCUUAGGAGACAGAAGAACAGGUAACCUUCUUUCAUGACUUUGUCAUAUUCUGUCUCAUCUCCUUUUGGUUUCUCUUGCUAGAGGGGGAUGAGAUUCCCUCCCUUAUUGUUUCUU